UGCCCCCACCGCCGCCGGUUCAGGGGAACGUGUGCGGAGCGAUUGUCCUGGGGGACAUUUGAUGGAUUAGAGCGCUGAACAGUUCCAUUGCUAGGGGACCACCUGAUCUCCUCCAGCCUGCGUCCCAUAUAAAGCCGGCAGCCGGAGUGCUGAGCACAGCUCCAGCGAUCGCCUGUCUGCACGCCGCCGCCGCCAAGCCCGAGCAGGAGCCCGAGCCCGAGCCCGAGCCGGGGCCGCCGCCGCCGGUGCCGGCUCCGAGCGGCCGCCCGCCCGCCCGCCCGCUGGGAGCUGUCCAGUGCUGAAACCCGCGCGGACAGCCAAUCGCGCCCGGCUGGCCGCCUCCCCCCACCGGGGCCCCGCGCAAGUGCCCCCCGCCGAGCCCCCCGCCAGCUGCACCAUGCCGCGCUCCUUCUUGGUGAAGAAGAUCAAAGGGGACGGCUUCCAGUGCAGCGGGGUGCCGGCCCCCACCUACCACCCCUUGGAGACUGCCUACGUGCUGCCUGGCGCCCGGGGGCCUCCCGGGGACAACGGUUAUGUCCCGCACUGCCUGCCCCCGAGCGGCUACGAUGGCGACCAGAAACCGGGCCUGGAGCUGGCGCCCGCCGAGCCCGCGUACCCGCCCGCGGCGCCGGAGGAGUACAGCGAUCCCGAAAGCCCGCAGUCGAGCCUGUCCGCGCGCUACUUCCGCGGGGAGGCGGCCGUGACCGACAGCUACUCCAUGGACGCCUUCUUCAUCUCGGACGGGCGCUCGCGGCGGCGGCGGGGCGGGGGCGGCGGGGACGCGGCGGGCGCGGGGGACGCCGGGAGCGCCGGGGAGCGCGCGGGGCGCGCCGGGGCGCCGGCGGGCGGCGGGCACCGGCACGCGUGCGCCGAGUGCGGCAAGACGUACGCCACGUCGUCGAACCUGAGCCGCCACAAGCAGACGCAUCGCAGCCUGGACAGCCAGCUGGCGCGCAAGUGCCCGACGUGCGGCAAGGCGUACGUGUCCAUGCCCGCGCUCGCCAUGCACGUGCUCACGCACAACCUGCGCCACAAGUGCGGCGUGUGUGGCAAGGCCUUCUCGCGGCCCUGGCUGCUGCAGGGCCACAUGCGCUCGCACACCGGCGAGAAGCCUUUCGGCUGCGCGCACUGCGGCAAGGCCUUCGCCGACCGCUCCAACCUGCGCGCGCACAUGCAGACGCACUCGGCCUUCAAGCACUACCGCUGCCGCCAGUGCGACAAGAGCUUCGCGCUCAAGUCCUACCUCCACAAGCACUGCGAGGCCGCCUGCGUCAAGGGCGCCGAGCCUCCCCCGCUGCCCCCCGCUGGCCCGGCCAGCUGAACCUCCCGCCAGACCCGCGCGCCCGGAACUCGCUCCCCACGCGCCCCGGGUCCCCCACCUGCGCCCGCAGCGCCCUCUCCAACCCCCAGCUGCGUUUCCCUGCCCAUGCCCCUCCGGGGGACCCCAUCCUGACCCGAAACUUUCUUCUUCAGUCCCCACACACACACCUCACUUCUGGAACUAUCUUCCCCAGCGCGCCCUAGUCAUGUCGUCCUUUCCUGCCACCGCUGACCUUGACCCCGCUGUCUGCCUUCAAGGCUCCCAACUCAGGCACCAGGUCCGCACAUCUCCUAGGCCCUAGAGUCGGAAAUUUCUCCCAUCCAGACCCUGCACCGCUCUAACUUUCAAACCUUUCUUCUCAAUGAAGUCUCUGAUCAUUCCUCUCUUGAUACCCCCGAAUCUAAGGCCCAAGCCCACCCACGUCUGCCUCAGUUUCCCUUAACCACCUGAACUCUAAGGCCCUGCAUAACACAAUCCAACCCCAGGCCAUCCCUUGGGUCUCUCUGAGUCUCCCUCAGUGGUUCCACCUGGGGAUCUUCAUUUUAACCCUCCUUUGGUUCUCAGUGGGCCCCAUCCCCUCCAUACCCGUACCCGGGUCUUAGAUUCAGCUAUUCACUCACCACCCCCUCCACUUCUCACCUUCAAUCUGGGGGGAGGGUCCUCACCACCCGUCCCACCUUGCUCUCUCCAGAUGCCCCUCCCUCUCGCAGCUCUCAUUCCUGACUUGACCUAACCUAGAGCGGACCUGAGGGGCAGUUCAGGGCCCUGCCCCCUAAUGUAACCCAUCACCCAGGACAACCCUUCCCUGGGCUUCCAGCCUGGAGUUACCCCCUCCCCAGAUUCUCUGAGCACUUUCCUCCAUCCCCAGGACUACAGGUACCCCUCCUUAUUUUCGGGAUGGGGGAGGCCUGGAACACCUCACCAAUGUCCCCCCUUGUCCAGCUGGGCCCUUCCGAUUAUUUAUUUGCGUAUUUAUUUAUUUAUUUAUUUAUCUAUCUAUUUAUUAUUCUAUUUAAUCUCUUGGCCUCACCCAGGGACAGUCUGACUUCCCAGCUGGACUGGGAGGUCAGGGAGCCAGGCAAGGAAAGGGACAGCUAAGGCCAUACUGGGCUGCCCCUCCUCUCCGCCACACACACACACACACACACACACACACACACCCUCUGGUCUCGGGAGAAACCCCACCCUCAUCAGAGCCUGAACUCGAUAAGGAAGGGGACUCCAGAAUGAGAGGGGAACCUGCUGACCCUCAACUGGCAGGGAGGGGAGGGAGAGGGCAUCAGGAGGUCCUGUCACGGGGCAGGUCCCCGCCCUCCUGAGCCUUCCACCCCUGCUCCAAGAAGCCCGGAGAGAGGAGCCUCCUCGUUUUCUUAUUUAUUCCUCUUCUCGAGGGACCCCAGGUUCCAGGGACCGACUGAGCCCCGGACCCCGCUGGGGCCCGCUCCCCGGGAGGAGCGCUCUCUCCCGGCCACGUCUAUGCAACUCUCCCGGGCAGAGGGGCCGGGGCCGCCAGCCGCCCGCCCGUUGGCUGCCACUACCUCCUCCGCCGCGCUUUUGCAUGCCCGCGUGAGGACCGAAGCACACACCUCCACGCGCACGGGCCCUGGCGCCCUCUGCUUUAAGCACACGCCUCUGCCCCCAUCGCUCUGCGCCCAGCUUGCGGGCACGAGUCCUGGACUCUCCCACCCCUCCCGGUCUCCAGCCGCAAAAGAGGGUGGAGACCGGCGCGGCCCCUGCAGCGAGGGCCCUUCUCCAGGGCUUCAGAGAGGUGGGUGGAGCUUUGUCCAGCUCCAGGCCCACCUGAAAGGGAGACUGCGGGGACGGUGGGAGAGAGAGGGGUCGCAGAAGCAAUUAUGGAGGGUGUUGACCCUGUAAAUAGGAACUUCUGACAGCAAUAAUUUUCCAUGCAUGCUAAGCCUUUUGGCCAUAUUUUGUAUGAGCGCUUGGCGCUCCCCCUCCCUCCCCUUCCAACUCAUCCCCAGACCCCCAUCCCUUCCCCACCUUCAGCAGUAUUACUUGUAACACAAUUCAGGGAUAUUAAAGGGACUUU